AUGGUUCCACGGUUGACAAAUGUUUUUGGGGUAGACCCCAUUAACAUUGAUGUUAAGGAUGUUGAUGCAACACUGAGUCAGAGAAGGAUAGGGUCAGCUGCAAUCCUCACCGUCGGAACUCCCACUGGAGUUUCAGUGGAGAUCAACGUUUCAUACUUGGAUUCUGCUUACCCUGGUGAGGAAGUUGAGGUUGAGGCCAAGGCUUUACGAGUUGGGAAGGCUGUUGGUGUUGUCAGUGUUGAGUUAAGGAAGAAGAAGACAGGCAAAAUUAUAGCUCAGGGCCGUCAUACCGAGUAUCUUGCUCUCGCUGGCAAACUCUGA